GAGUAAUUGUAGGAGUUUAAGGUAUUCUAGUUACAUUAAAAGCAUGGAGGGUUUCGGGAAAUACUUACAUUGUUUAGAUAAAAGGAUUUAGUUUUUCUACGAUGAUAAUUAUCAUUAUAUUUUUGUUUUUAUUUUGAUGGGUCUCGAUCCAGCACAUCGAUCCAGACUACUUACCAGAGGGGGGCGGUAACGUACACCAUUACUGACUGGCCAACCGCCAAUAAAAAAGAAAAAGAAGCGGUCUUUAUGUGACGUAUUUUUCAUGCCGGAAACCAAAUUAGGUUGUCGUGUCACAAGUGAUAGACAUGAAGAUGCUGGGUAUAUUCAACUCAGUUCCCACGCAUAUGGAUUAUAAAGGCCAGAAAUUGGCAGAACAGAUUUUCCAAGGAAUAAUUAUCAUCUCUGCGGUGAUUGGAUUUGUGUAUGGUCUUAUCAUUCAACAAUUUGGAUGGACUGUAUACAUAGUCCUGGCUGGAUUUGUUAUUUCGUGCAUUCUGACUCUGCCCCCCUGGCCAAUGUACCGAAGGAAUCCCCUGUGCUGGCAGCCUCUUAUACCAGAGAGCAGUGCCGACACCAACCAAAGGCCUCAGGAGAGCCUGAAGAAAAAGAAGCACAAAUAACUGCUCCUCAUCUACUUAUAUGUGCAUCUUUUUAUAUUGGAAAUAAUUUUUGAUUGAUCUCGCAGCUCCCAGUUACAGAAUUUGAAGAAAAACUUGUGUUGUGUUACAAUGAUGACGUAGAUGCGUGGCUAAUAAAAUGUCAACAUAAUAACAGUGAGUG